GUAUGUAUGGGCCAGAUGAGGGCUGGGCAUCUGCCUACCCACAAUGUGGAGAGAGAAACCAGUCACCAAUCAAUAUUGUGGAUAAGGAUACCAAAAUAUCCAGAGAAUAUCAGGAGCUGACACUGGAGGGUUUUAACAUAGAAUCUUCAAAUAAGACAUCUAUGAAGAACACUGGCAAAACAGUCGCCAUCAUGUUGAAAGAUCAUUACUUUGUUCGGGGAGCAGGUCUACCAGGGAGGUUUAAGGCAGAAAAAGUAGAGUUUCAUUGGGGCACAAGCAAUGGAUCGGAGGGCUCUGAACACAGUAUCAAUGGCCAACGUUAUCCUGUGGAGAUGCAGAUCUACAUGUAUAACUCAGAUGACUUUGAAAGUCUCACUGCAGCACUCAGAGAGAAGAGAAUCAUUGCAGCAAUGGCUGUUUUUUUCCAGGUGGGAGGAAGGGACAAUCCUGCCGUUGACCCCAUAAUCCAUGGCCUAAAGGGUGUGGUCCAUCAUGAAAAGGAGACCUUUCUGGAGCCAUUUGUGCUUAAGGACCUGCUGCCAUCCUCACUGGGAAGUUAUUAUCGUUACACUGGCUCUUUGACCACUCCACCCUGCAGCAAGGUGGUAGAGUGGAUCAUUUUCAGCAGUCCUGUCUACUUCUCUUACAAACAGUUGGAGGCUUUCUACUCCAUCUUCACCACAGAGCAACAAGACCAUGUUAAGUCGGUGGAGUAUCUGCGCAGCAACUUCAGGCCCAUCCAGAGCUUAGAUAACCGGCACGUCUUCAAGUCUGCAGUAAAAGAUGCCUGGUUGCCUGACCUAAAUGACAGCGGCAGCAACCCGUAUGGCACGGAGGCUUCCAAAGUCUGCAGUAGUGCUCCCAUAAACAUGAAGGUGCAGCAUGUCAAUGGCAGUGCUUUGGUGGUGCGUUGGGCUCAUCCGGAGGUCACCUACCACUCACCUAUCCAGCAUUUCCUGGUAUCUUACAGCUGGACAGCCCAUGAUGACAGCUACGAAGAGACCCACCUAACGGAUGCCAAACACAAACUGCCAACACUGUCUCCAGCCUCCUCGGCUGAUAUGGCUCCCAUUUCCUCUGGCUCAUCAACUUGGACUUCAUCUGGUAUCCCCUUCUCAUUUGUCUCUAUGGCAACAGGCAUUGGUCCAUCCUCCAGUGGUAGUCAAGCAACUGUGGCAUCUGUGGUGACCAGCACUUUACUGGCUGGCCUGGGCUUCAGUGGUGGUGUCAUUUCCUCUUUUCCCAGCUACAUUUGGCCAAGCAGAGCACCCAACCACAAUCCCACCUCUCACCACCAGGCUACCAAAGCCAGUGAGCAGAUGAAAGACACGCCUGCUGUUGUCAGUGCAGCAGUUAAGGAUAAUAAUGAAGCUGGGAGUGAGGACAGAGAAAACUGCAAAGGUCAAGUAGAGGACAGAGAGAGGGAAGGCGAGGAUACGGAUGAUGAGAAGGAAGAAGAAGAGAAAAAAGACAAGGAGAGGAAAGGAUCGGGAGGUUUAAGCAGGGCAAAGAGGAAGGAUAGCAACAUAGCAGCAAAGCACUUAUUUGGUAAGAUGCCUUACUGUGGUGCACGGGAGAAGGAACAGACUGAAAAAGAGCCUACUAAACCACCGCCUGUUCGAAAAGACCAACUAAAAGCAAAUACUUACAAUCCACUUCACUCUUACCCAAGUCUUACCGCAGAAUCAGCCAAUCAAACAGCAGCAGUCCCCAUCCAGGAGGACCUGUCAGUGACUCUUAGGCACCGCAUAAUGAGGGAUGAAAAGCACAGGCCUUUCUCCUACCACACCGGUAAGUCAACAAGGUGGUCAUGUACAAACCAGUGGUUAUAAGAAUAUUAGCUGUUUCGCCUAUUUACGGAGGAGCAUAUUCUGUUUGUUCUAUUAAUAUCUCCCUUUACAUUAGUCAUGAGAUUACUUGUUAUGAAACAUGUUACAACUUGUGUUGCCUGCUGCUAUUUAACGCAUUGUGGGCUUCUGUGUACUGUUUGUGGGGAUGGCUCUAAGGUCCAGCUCCUCCAUAGACUAGCUGGUUAUAACAACAAUUUUGAGUAUUUAUUUGAAAAUGAGUAUUAGUGUGUUGACCAUUUUUGCUUUAUUUUGGAGGGGGAAUUUAUCAUUUAGACUUGUGCAGAAGAAGGAUAGUGGAUAUAUUGGACAAUGAAUGUCAAAGAUGGAGGUCCCAGGCUAGCUAGGUUUACAAAAGUUUACAAGCGACUACGCCUUAACUAGACUCGAUCUCUAUCCCUCUCUCUCUCUAUAUAUAUAUGAGUGUGUGUGUGGCCUCUGUGUUACCCGUAUGUUAAUGAGCUCCUGCUGUGAGGGCUGAAGUUGAGCAUUUUGACCAUCUACAUUUUGAUGUUUUGAAAUGUGUCACAAAUAAAGGAAGGAUCUCAGGGAUACUACAUUUUCAUGGAUUAGCGACUUGUUAAUCAAAUUGUAAAGCAUGACCUGCUUCAUAUGUCUUUUUGAAGGCUAAAGCAGUAAUCAUCUGAGCAUAGGUAUAAUCUCAUGAUAUUUCAUUUUUAACUAAAUCUCAGGACAGUAGUACGGCCAAAUGACAACAUGGGGAGAUUUCUUUGGUAAAGGUGCUAACAUUUCCAAUUUUUUAGAUAAAAACUGUUCUAUAUAUUGUAGAUAUGGUCCUGGAAAGUGAGGUCAGCAUCACUGAUAAUGCUGAAGUAACAAUUUGUAACACUCUCCAGAAACAAUUUAUAAGAAAUUUCUGACCUUUAGCUUUAGCCCUAAUAGUUGUGUUUCAUCCUGGUUUAACUGUAGUAAGUUAUUAAAAAUCCUGUUAUCUGGGACAACUGGCUGAAGGGAAGAAGCGAAACAGACUUUGACUUUUUAGAAGGACAUUUAAAUAACAAACAUUUAACAUUAUACAAGAGUCAAAAAAAGAACAUGCUGAGAAAAUACUGAGUUACAUGAAUAAAUAUGUAAUACUGUUGUAAUAAUGUAAUAUAAAUGCACUGCAUACUUUUUACUGCACAGCUUUCAGUCCACUUGUUCUAAUGGUCAGUCCACCUUAGUACCACGGUGAAAGUGGAGAAACAAUGUUACACAUAACAAUGUAGAGAUUAGACAAAUGACAGAUGUGAGAAGGAGUAAAAUGUAGGCUAACUCUGUUGCUGUGUAAGCUAGCUUUAGCUAUCAUCCUGCCAUAUUGUAUGAUGAUUAUUCUGCCAUGAUUUGUAUUUUAGUUAACCAUGAGAGCCAUACAUACUCAAAGUAUUAUUUCAUUACUGUGGAAAGUCAUUGAAUGUGUCAGGUAAAAUAUGUGUGUUAAGAAGACACUUGUUGAAUGUUGAAACAGCAAAGAAGAAUAACUUAGUUUGGAAACUAUGGUCCUGAGACUGAUGUAUCCAUGCAAAGAAAAUGUGGAUUUGGUUGUAUCUUUUGUAGCUGAUACUCAAUACAGACAGGUGAAGGCAAGAGCUGCUGCCAGUGUCUCAUUCAUUGCCCCUUACUAUUUCCCCUGUUUAAGGGCACAACAUUUGGAGGCACCACUAGGAUAUUUGCCUUGAGGACCACGCCUGAGCUGUAAGAAAAAGCCAGAUGACCCAGGCAUCAGAAAGGAGCACUGCAAAGAAGCAGAGAUGUUACUAGACUGACAUUGGCGUUUGUAUCCUGAAGUAAACAGUCAUCACUAGGAGGCAGCAAAAAUCUUUCAAGUCUAAUAAACACUCAUUUCAUUGCCUGUGCUAACUCCUCUGGAGUCUGAAGUAGAGAAGCUACAGCUGAAAAUGAAAGAAACACUGUAUCAACUGACGGAAGAGCAGCUGAUUAAAUUAUGUGAUAUACUUCAAAUCUCGG